AUGGCGACUUACGCUGUCCAGGGUUCAAUCGAAGACGACAUAUAUCUUGGCUUCUGGAAUAACAGGUCUUUCAACAGGGUACAAGGAGCAACCCUGACCUUGGAUCGCGAACGUGGAGGGUUACUCAUUGCGUUUCUGGCGUUGUUCGUAAGCACAAGCGGCCGCAGCUUCUGGAAAACCACUCGGUGCUUUCUGCACUUCAUAUGCUCCUCACGAGAAGGCUCCGAUGGCAUUCAGAUUCAGCGGCAGGCCAUACUACGAAACACGCCAUUGCCACUUGAUGCAGCUUUCGAAUUCAUUGGAAUUUGUCGUGCAUGGUUUCGGCGGGGAGAUGCUGUACUCCGAAGAACUCUUUAUCUUGCAUCUUUAGCCUUGCUAUUGGCUAUCACAUUCAUCGUCGCCGGUAUCUUCUCUUCGAGAGUGUCCAACGGCUUAGCAAACGAGACACUCAUCAUUGGAAGAGAAUGCAACAUGGAUCUUCCUGGGCGCUCGUACACGGACGACUGGACAAAUGAGCAAUAUAUAUCUCCUUUUCUGAAUCGGAAGGCCGCCGAACACCUGGCAUACGCCCUGCAAUGCUAUCAAGAACAGGAGUCGUCUCAGUCAGACAGCUGCAAAGUGUUGACAGUUCCAAGCUUGCCAUAUGUCCUGGACAACAAUGCUUCGUGCCCUUUCGCAGCAGAAAUGUGCAAAAUGCCCUUCGGCAAUCUUAUGUUCGACACUGGAGCACUUGAUAGCUACAAGGAUUUUGGGCUCAACAAAGGCCCACCUGUAACACUUCAGAUAAAGGAGCAUUGCGCCCCGUUGACUACUAGCGGCUAUACGAGUAACUACGUUGAUCCAGACCGGUCUAAUAUUAAUUUCACCAGGUACCAUUUUGGAGCCGCAUUCAAGCAGAAUUACUCUUUCGAGGUCGCUGUCAACGCGACAACAGGACGCUUGGAUACUGUAGGCGAUUACCAAGUUUUUCCAGUGCAACAGCUUUCCAAAUCUACACCCUACAUACCUCAACUCGCUGCACCAGGAGCCAAGACACUAACGACCUUAUUCUUUCUGGUGUCAUCAAGUAUCAUGUAUUUGAACCAAACACAAGACCCAUGGUUCUCUGCAACUACGAAAUUGUCUUACCCAAACAGCACUGUUGAAUGGUACAUACCAGAUGAGCCGGCCACCGUCUUGGGCUGCGUGUCAGAUCGCAUCUACUGCAACCCUAGAGUCCCCUCUUCGAUUGGUUGCAUCAACUUAUUCACUUCUACGGAAGAUGACUUCCGAAGAGCAUGGCCUGAUGCACGAGAUCGAUUGGCGCUUCGCCCACUGUCGGUUUCUAUUCAACAGGCUGGUGCUGCAGGCUUGAGUCCAUACUUUCAAGCUAAAAGUGUGCCGACACUACUGUCAAGGCAGACCUUGCUCCCUAUUUCCGGGUCGUUUUCAAGAUUCACAACGGUCCAAACGAAAGCAUUGCCUCCCACCCAGUGGCAGAAAGAGAUAGAAUACCUCGGUCAAACUACGUUGGCUGCAAUGCAACAUUUCAUCGUCGAUUAUGCACGAGGAGCCUGGCUUGGAGGAGGCUCAUCCUGCGACAAGGAGCCUUGCCGCAGGUCGUGUUACAGCCAGAAAGUCCGAAGCUCGAGACAUUACUCAUUCAGCAUUCUCGGUGUAGGCCUUAUACUCGCAAUAGGCGGGACUUUCAUGGUUGCAGCAAUGCUUCUGGAGCCGAUACUUGCAGGUUUGUUUAAGCUGCGGUGGUUUCGAAGAAACGCAAGGUUGUCUUACGCCUAUGCGGAAUGGCAGGCUGGUUCGACACUCCAACUUCAACGACUAGCGCAUGAGAGCUUGGGCUUGGGCAGUUGGUCAAACGCAACAGGGUCAGUGCCUGUCACAGCGCCGGGAGACGCGCUCGCUGUACUCGACGCAAGUGAUCGUGGCCACCCGCGUCUUGUAUCUCCUUCGACCGAGCUGGCAAAAGUCGACUAUGCCGAAGAGUCUAUCGGGAAGAGACCAUCGACCGGCUACGCAAAGGUCUCGAGCACUGAGCAAUUCUGA